AUGGCCGGCUCGAAGAUCAUCUCCCGAAUCAUCAUCAUCUCCUUCGUUUUCAUCCUUUUCGUGUCGAUGGCAUGGAGCCACCCCUCCACCACGCUCUCUGACCAAGACCAAGCCAGUAAUACUAGUUUGCUUCAUCCUGUCACCGCCGGUUCGAAGGACGCUAGUAACCAAGCCCAAGGUGACAAGGGUGUUCCGUUCAUGGGAUUCGUCGGUCAGGAGCAAGAUGCGGCUACUCCUGAGUGUGUUGACACGUUAGACCAGAGAGGCAACACGCCUACUUCUACGUCUAGCGCUAGGAAUCUUACUAGGGAUUCGUUGAAGAGGAAGGCCGUGCUGGCUUUCGUGAUCUCGAUCACGCUGAUUCUGAUGGCAAAGGCUUAA